AUGGCAAGCGUCCCAUAUGCAAUUAUUGCCGCUUCGAAGCCGUUCAGAUUCCUCGUCGGGCCGGACAAGAAAGAGUUCUUUAUGCAUGCUGAGCUGGUCGCGCGGAUGUCUAAACCCCUCGGGACUUUGGUCAACGGCGAAUGGAAGGAAGGAAAUGAAGGAUUUACGGAAUGGCCCGACGUCGACGAGGGAACGUUUAUCCGGUUCUACGAGUUUGCAUACACAGGGGAUUAUAAGGCUGCGGAACCGUUCGAAGAUGUGCCGACACCACUAGAGCAGAAAAAGGGCAGUGAAGUUGCAACAUCCGCGUCGGGACCAGUAGUCGACGGAGAAGAGAUUAUCGAGGAAGCUUCGGCUCAGGAGCUAGUAGUUAAUCAUUCUAUGUUUGGUGGAUCGUCAGUAGAUUCUUGGGAUGCCUAUGGAGUGUCGAGAAGAUACAAAAACAAGAAAAAGGGGUUCUUCGAAGAACAACCGCAGCCACCACCGUCAAAGAAGGAUAUCAUCUGGCGUGAAUUUCAGGAGGAAAUUAAUGAUGAGCCGGAUAAGAGAGUGAAGGAAACUCCAAAUACGGUCCCCUCAGCAAACUACUCCGAGGUUUUCCUCUCACACGCGCGUCUGUACGCCUUUGCAGAUUGCUACGGUAUCGAUACGCUUAUGGAGCUCAGCAUUCGCAAAUUACAUCGGACACUGAAAGUGUUCAAUCUACACAAGGGGACGAGAGUGACCGACAUAUCCCAGCUCAUCGACUACUCAUAUAGGAACACGGUGAAUAAAGGGGGCAAGCAGGACAAGCUGAGGAGCCUACUCGCGACCUAUACGGCGUGUAAUAUCGAGGAGAUGUGGCCGAACUUGUAUUUCCAAGACGUUCUAGAGUCGGCUGAUGUUUCGAAGGCUAUCAUCGGGCAGCUACUCAAGAGAGUGGAUUAA